AUGGCGAUAGAGUUAUUAUCUGGAAAAGUAUUUCUCCUAAUAACUGGAGCAAGUAAAGGAAUUGGACGUCAAAUUGCAAUAACGUUUUCCGAAUUAUUGGAUAAAGAUUCAAAGUUGUUAUUAUUAGCGCGAGAUGAAAAUGGAUUGAAGGAAACAGCCGGUAAAAUACGUAAUCACGUACAAGUUGAUUACGUUAGUGUUGAUUUAUCUGUAGCUCCAGCAGAUCGUUUGACUGAUAUUAUUAACAAGCAUGUUAAUCCUGGUGAAUAUGAUCGAGCUGUAGUUGUCCAUAAUGUUGGAUCUAUUGGUGAUCUGUCAAAAUUUACAGAUGCCAUGGAUGACUUUGAUUACUGGAGGAAGUAUUAUGAUUUAAAUGUUUUUUCACCAGCUGUUUUAAACUCUGUGUUCAUGAAAAUAUUCAAUGAAAAUGUUAAAGCUAAGAAAUUUGUUAUCAACAUAACGUCACUGUGUGGAUUAAAACCUUUCAAGUCUAUGGGAUAUUAUUGUUCUGGAAAAGCUGGACGAGAAAUGUAUUUCAAAGUGUUUGCUGAAGAAUUUCCUGAAGUGAAUGUUUUAAAUUACUCACCAGGUCCAGUCGAAACUGACAUGCUGAGAACGAUAGCAGAAACAUUGGCUGAUAAUGAAACAAGAAAACAAUUCAGUGAUGCACGUAGAGAAAGAAAACAAUUAACAACCGAUCAAACAAUUAAUCGUCUUGUUGGAGUACUGAAAGAUCACAAGUUUAAGUCCGGUGAUCAUGUUGACUAUUACGAUGAAAUUUAA